GCGAAACCCUCUCUUCAUGUAUACAAAGGUCCUGAAACUGCAAUGGUUCCAUUGUGCCUCGCCCUUCUCCACUUCCCUUGGUACCAGUUUGGCUCCGGAGGCAUCUCCUUCACUUCUUGAUGAUCCCCCUUUGAAACCAGCUUGCUGAAGCACGUCCAGGCACUUCUUGAUGGCCCCAAAAAGCUUGUUAGAGCUGGUUUUCGCUGCCAAGUCCUCCUUCUUCACCAGCUUGAGGAUCUCUAGAUUGUGCUUGGCGAUGGAGAUUUGUGGUUGAAGUAGGUGUGUCCUCCAACUGAAGCGCCUUACGAAGGCAAGGCCGUUUUUUUUUUUUUUUUUUUUUUUUUUCCAAAUCCGACUAACCCGAUCUAAUUAACCCGAGACCUGAAAAUCCGAACCCGACGAACCCGAAAUACUGUUCACGGUCGAAAAUAGAUUUUUCUUUUUUUGGAUCGGUUUGGAUUGGAUUUAAUACUUUCAACCCAAAUCCGUCCGAACCCGACCCAUGCUCAGGCCUAUGUAGGAAUUGAUAGCAACAGGAAGUCAAGUCAAGAAGUGCGUUUUUCUUGGUACGAACAAGAGAGGUUUGUGAAAGCUCCAAUCAAACAUUUUCUCUCUCUCCAUAUCUCUCAAACCAUUCCAUUUCUUAUGACUCUUUGCUUUUCACCGACUACACUCUCUCAUUCCGCUAUAGUCUAUGCCUUAACACAACAAACAACAACAAAAGGUUUUUCGUUAUAAUGGCCGUAAAUACUGGCCAAAUUGAUUUAAACUCUGAUGCCGUUUUGUUCGAUCGAGAAAAAGAGAUUGUAGGAGUUAAAUCAACAGUCUCCAAAGUUGUUACUGUUGGUGUCUCUCAUUCUGAAACCCUAAGUGCUGACCCUAUUAUUGGUGGUGAGGUUGUGAUCCAUGAUCAGAAGGCAUGUCAUGUUGGUGAUGAUAGAGGAGUGGAGAUGCAUGCUAUCAUGAACCAUGGGUGUGGUGUGAUGAUUAAUGACGGUGGAAAAGAGGGUUUUGGUGAAAAACAUGAGUUGGUGGGUGUAGAAGGUGUUAAUGGGGUGUGUGAUGAGAAAGCAGGGGGGUUUUCAGGCGGGCUGGUGAAGAAUGAGGAUGAGAAAAGUAGGAUUAAAUGUUCACAUGGAGUUUUGUUUGCUGGUAAAGGUGCAGAAUCUGAUGGGGGUUUGGCUUUUGGGUUUAAUGAGGGUUUUGGGAGUGAGCUUGAGUGUGAGAAUGUAAGGGAUGUUACUGAGAAUGGUUUGCUGAGCAUUGAGGUUGUGGCGAAUAAUGUGGCUCAAGGAGGUGAUGAUGAGACUGAGUGUGGGCAUGAGGUUAAGAAUGAUGCUUUGGUGAAUUUAAGUGCUGUUGUGGAGGUUGAUGGUGAGAGAUGUGUCAAUGCCAAAGAAUCUUUGCAUCUGGAAGAUUUUUCAAGGAAUUGCGUUGGGUUAGAGCCUUCACAGCCAGCCUUUCAGGUUGACGCACAGAUAGAUGUGAUGCAGAAUCAUGCCAUGGUUGUUGACAUUGAUGAGGGACGGAUGUUUGAGAAUAUUCAAAGUGAAGAUCAUGGUUUUAAUCUUGUUGUAGAUCUUAAUUCUUAUAGAAACAUUCGGGAGGUUAGCGUGUGCCGGAAACCAACGAAUUCAGAAUUGAAUUUCAGUGUAUCUGAUUUGGUAUGGGGAAAGGUGACAGGCCAUCCUUGGUGGCCAGGUCAGAUCUGUGACGCUUCGGCUGCAUCAGAGAAAGCAAAAAGGCAUCUCAAGGAACACUGUUACCUGAUAGCAUAUUUUGGGGAUCACUCAUUUGCUUGGAAUGAUGUGUCAAUGAUUAAACCAUUUCAGAUGCAUUUUUCACAAAUGGAGAAGCAAAGCAAUUUGGAAGAUUUUCAUUUUGCUGUUGAUUGUGCUUUAGAUGAGGUCUCAAGACGUGUUCAGUUUAGCCUUUCAUGCCCUUGCAUACCACGAGAUGUGUUUUCCAAGCUUGAAACACAAGUAAUUAGUAAUGCUGGAGUAAAUAAACAAUUGAGCAGAAGAAAUGUUGGAGGGGACAGAUUUAUGAAUUCUAUGUCUUUUAAACCCUUGAAACUUGUCAAUUUUGUUAAAUCAUUAGCCGAGUCGCCACUUGAUGAAUCUGAUAGACUGGAUUUUGUAACCUCACGUGCUCAAUUGUUAGCCUUCUAUCAUUACAAGGGUUAUUCUCAACUGCCUGAGUUCACAUUGCUUGGUGGAUUAUAUGAUAAUGAUAUGGAAACUCUACUCAUGAGAGGACAAGAACAAUGUGAUUAUCAAACCCAUGUUGACUAUUCAAAACAGGAGCACAACCACAUCUCUGGAGGUAGCAAGCGCCGCGGUAGGAGACAUAAACUUUUGUCAAAUUUGAUGUAUGAGAAGAGCUUGUGUGUGUCAAAUGGUGAACACACAUCAGAGCAGAUAUCCAAGUCAGCUCCACGGCGUCGUGGUAGGAAACGGAAGGCACCAUACCAUACUUCGGAAGAUUAUUUCCAUAAUUCUCAAAAAAGAAGGUUCACCCUAUUACAGAAUGCUUCUAUAGAUGAAAUGAGAACUCAACUUUGCUUGGCUGCCAAGGAUCCAAUUGAAGAAAGUUGCACUAGUGACAUGGUACAUUUCUUUGCAGAAUUUAGAAAUUCCAUUAGCCUCGAUUCUUCUGUUUCCCUGGAUCAGGUAAUGUGUUUGGAACAGAUCCAAGAUGCUGAAACUGGAGUAACCUCUAUAGCAGCAUUGGAUUCUAUAACAACUGUCAUGGAGCCUUGCAAUGAUUCUUAUUGGACUGAUAGAAUAAUUCAAAGCAUUCCUGAAGAGCAAUCAUUGGCAAAAUAUCAUAAUGACAGAUCAAUCAUUUUUCCUGAGACUCUAACUCAGGCUAAUCCUCACUCGUUUAGCACAGAUUUGGGUUUUAAACAGCGAGAUAUUAAUGUAAAUUUUGGAUCAGAAUCUUCUAAACUUAUGGAACAUUUGGAUGAGAGUUCUAAGGAGGACUUCUGCCCCACAGCUCUGACUCUAAAAUUUACAAAUUUGAAUUCUGUUCCUUCAACAACAGAUCUCAACAAGAUUUUUGGCCGCUUUGGACCCCUGAUUGAAUCAAAGACUGAACUGUUGGAGAAGAGUAACCGUGCCAGGGUGGUUUUUCAAAGACGUCCUGAUGCAGAAACUGCUUUUAGUAGUGCUGGAAAAUAUAGCGUAUUUGGACCUUCACUUGUUAGUUACCGUCUCAAGAUCUUGCCUCGUAAACUUCCAAAAGGAACAGGAAAGCGGGGCAGAAAAAGAAAAAAUGAAAGGAGUUCUGUAGAUGCAGCCCUUUGAUGCCUUGGUGUUGACCUUGCGGACCUUAGAUAGGAUCUUAAAUUAAGGUUGGUGUUUUUAUGUGAAUGUCAUGUGAAUGUCAAUAUUCCUAGUAUAUUUUGAUGAGAACUAAGCUGACUAGCAUUCUAAUACAUAGAAUUCAGUAGCUGACCGGUUGAUAUUUAGAAAUAUUUGGGAAUAGGAUCAAUUACAUUUAA